UGUGCAUCUGGGUGUGUGAGAGGGAGAGAGAGGAGAGAGAGAGAUAGGAGAAAGGCUAACUGACAAAAAGAGAGCCUAAAAUAGCAUCGGAAGGGAAGUGAGAGCUAUUGAGAUUGAAUAGACUGAGGAGGGACAGAUGGAGAUUGCCAGAGAGAGAGCUGUCCCUGGAGUUAAUCUUCUUCCUCUCUCUUGUUCCAUUGCAGAGGCCACAGAUUGAGCAGCUUGUGACGGGAGGCGGUGCCAGCUGAAAGCUGCAGCUGGUGCCCAGGUAAAGAGCUGUGCCCUCACCAGCCUACGAUGCUAAGGGGCGAUCCUGUGCCCUCCUGGAGCCCCGGGGAGCAGCUCAUUGGCAGCAGCGUUUGAGGAUUUAGCAGCAGGAAGCUUCCGAAAGUGUCCGGAAUCGCCCAGCUCCUGGCCUCCAAGGGCGGAUUGCGGAGCUGGGAAUCAGCAGCAUCUAUCGCGGCAUCAUCCUGAGGCCAGAUCCAGCAUUCCGGGCAGUGCUGCUGCCAAGGUCACCCUGUCAGCGAGGUUAUGUCACAGGACACAAGGAAUCCUGCUGUUUCGCUAUGAUCUGGAACCUUUGUGGAUUUGAAGACUGAGUCAGCUGAGUGUGAAUACACAUUUUAUCAGAAUAUCAUAUGGUUGGAGGCAAUUUCGUCAGCUCUCAAAAUCUCGUGGAGCGAUCUUUUCAGAGAAUGGUCUUUGAAAUUGCCACAGAAAAGCUCAAAUUUGGAAAUUAAGCCAAAUCACGUUAUUCCUAUCUGUGUAACAGCAGUACUGAUACAACAGUGCAUUCUCCAAUAUCUUGAAUCUGAUUCCUCCAGGAUUCAUAAACCUAAGGAUCUACCAGCUCCAUAAUCCUGUGAUAUCUCUUGUCACAAUCCAGGUAGUUGUAGCAUCAGGGACCUCGUAUCUAGGGACCACAAGUUCCUAGCUCCAGUUGGUACUUCGCUCGCAGCUCGCAGCUUGUAAUUGAGAAAGGUUUUGGUGCCUCCAGCAAGAUGACAGUGGCCCAUGGAGACAAUGUGGAUGAAUUGGCUGCACUCCCUGUUCCGCCUCAGGAUCUGUAUGAGCCAGAGCAGGACCAUGAGUGUUGUGAGAGGGUGGUGAUCAACAUCUCAGGUCUUCGCUUUGAGACUCAGCUCAGGACCUUGGCUCAGUUCCCUGAUACCCUGCUCGGAGAUCCUAAGAAGAGGAUGGGUUACUUCGACCCUCUGAGGAAUGAAUAUUUCUUCGAUAGGAACCGUCCGAGUUUUGAUGCUAUCCUGUAUUACUACCAGUCUGGGGGAAGGCUGCGUCGACCUGUCAAUGUGCCCCUGGAUAUCUUCUCUGAAGAGAUACGCUUUUAUGAGCUGGGGGAGGAGGCGAUGGAGAUGUUCAGAGAGGAUGAGGGUUUUAUUAAGGAGGAGGAGCGGCCUUUACCCACGAAUGAGUUCCAGCGCCAGAUCUGGCUGUUAUUUGAGUACCCUGAGAGUUCAGGCCCAGCACGCGUUAUCGCCAUUGUGUCUGUCAUGGUCAUUCUCAUCUCAAUCGUCAGCUUCUGUCUUGAAACUCUGCCUGCCUUUCGAGACGACAAAGAGAAAGCAAUUGGAGGGAGACCAACAUAUAACAAUGACACAAUCCCCUUUCACACUCCGACAUUUGCUGAGCCCUUCUUCAUCGUUGAGACUCUCUGCAUCAUCUGGUUUUCCUUUGAAUUUCUAGUAAGGUUGUUUGCUUCCCCCAGCAAACCCAGCUUCUUUCGAAACAUAAUGAACAUUAUUGAUAUCGUGGCCAUCACCCCAUACUUCAUCACCCUGGGUACUGAGCUGGCAGAGCAGCAGCAACAGGCAGGCAAUGGACAGCAGCAAGGGCAGCAGGCCAUGUCUCUGGCCAUCCUGAGGGUCAUUCGCUUGGUCAGGGUCUUUCGGAUCUUCAAGCUGUCCAGACACUCCAAAGGGCUACAGAUCCUUGGGCAGACCCUGAAAGCCAGUAUGAGGGAGCUGGGUCUCCUCAUCUUCUUCCUCUUCAUUGGAGUCAUCCUCUUCUCCAGCGCUGUCUACUUUGCUGAGGCAGAUGAAACAGCUUCCUACUUUGAUAGCAUCCCCGAUGCCUUCUGGUGGGCAGUAGUGUCCAUGACAACAGUGGGGUAUGGAGACAUGUACCCCAUUACCAUAGGGGGCAAGAUGGUUGGCUCCCUGUGUGCCAUUGCUGGAGUGUUGACCAUUGCCCUCCCUGUGCCCGUCAUUGUCUCCAACUUUAACUACUUCUAUCACCGAGAAACAGAGAAUGAGGAACAGGCCCAAUACCUACAUGUGAAGAGCUGCCCAAACAUCCCAUCCACGGCUGAUCUGAAGAAGAGUAACAGCACUUCCAGUAUCUGCAAGUCAGAGUACACAGAGACACAGGAGGGUGUGGGUGGUGUUCGGGAGCCCCCGGAACAUAACCUUCACACUGACAAUUGUACUUUACCAAACCCCAACUACGUGAACAUCACCAAAUUGCGGAGUGAUGUGUGAGUGUCUCCUGGUUCCACACUAAGGACACAGAUCUCACUGCUCUCUUGUCUGCUUGAUGUCUCUGUAGCUUUUAGUGUUCUAUAUCAGAGCGUAAAAUAUUCACACAGUAACUGUGUCCUAUUGAACCAUCCCGAUACAUUCCAAUCACACCUCAGUGCUGCGUUUAAUCACUCACAUAAGGUGCUGCCAACUUUAGAGUAAACCAAAUGAAACAGGAGAGUCCUGUUCCUGCAUCUGACAACCACAUGUGUAGCAGGUGUUAGAUAGAAGCCAUGGAAUUCCUCACAAGUGUAAUCCAGUUAAGCGUAUUUAACUAAUACCAUCGAUUGUGGAUCCCUCUGCCUGCAUUUAUUAUCCUCUAUUACUAAAAUUAUAUAAGAAUUACUCAUGAUUGUUGUUGGCCCAAUCACUUAUUUCCUUGCUCCAGCAUUCCAUUGUCUUCCUCUUUAUGUUCAAAAAAUCUUGACUCCUCAUCCAGUUGCAGCUGUACAGAUCAGUAUAAUUAUUAAGCCUCAACGCUUUCUCCAUCCCAUUAUCUACUCUCCCAGCUCACUAGCUACUGCCACGGUUACUGUUUGCAGCAUUAUCUGCAAAGAUCACACUGGGUUGGGGGAGGUCCAUUUUUCAUUAAUAUCAUUCAGAGCCACAUUAACACAUUCCCUUUCUGAGUCAUCAAGGAGUUGGUGGAUGUGGAAAAUAAAGUGUAGGGACAGGGCAAUAUCAUUUCAAUUUGACAUUUUGGGGCCCCAGUUGGAAAAGGACAACUUUUUGGGAUUAGGAAUUGGGAACAAUUUUAGCAGAGGAGCUCAGGCACUGAAGAAACAUCACGUUGAGCAAGCUGUGAUCUGCACAUAUACCAUCCUGAUAAGUUGCCAUCUUAGUAAAACUGUCUAUCCUGGUGAAAGCAAUGUUGCAGGAUGCAUCAGCAAACUGACCAUGUUGCCAUGGCACAGGAAGUCAUUGAAGUGGGGCGAGUUAAUAAGAUUGCAAUAAUAGAAGACAUCAUAGCUGGGAUACCUACACAGUUCACUGCAGUGCUGGUGAUGCUUGCCCUGUACCUGGGUUCAGGACAUUUGCUCAGGACUAGAGAAGGGCGUUGCAAUGAGAGGGUAAGGACCCAAUGGUCCUGGUUCAUGUAGGUAUGAAAGACAUAUAUAGAACUAGGAAAGAAACUUCUCUUGAGGAAGUAUAAGUUACAAUGGUCAAAUUUAAUAUACAAAACCUCAACCGUUAUAAUUUCUGCAUUAUUACCUGAGCCAUCAACAAAUUGGCAUUGGGUAAAUUAGAUGAGAGGAUUAAAUAUUUGAUUCAAAUGCAGUUGGGAUUUCAAAUCUAAGAGUGCACCAUCAGAUAAGGCGAGAGGUUACAAAAUGGUAAACUACAGAACUAAAAAGGCUCUGUAUCAGAAUGUAUGCAGCACUCAUAACAAACUGGAACACAGCACAAAUAGAAAUAAAUAUGUAUGAUCUGAUAGUCCUUACAGAGAUAUGACUGUAAGAUGACAAAGAUGAGGACUUGAAUAUUGAAGGGUACAAGACAUUUAGGAAGGUCAGAAUGCUAGGAAAAGGUGAAAGGAUUCCUCGGUCAAUUAAGGAAGACAUUGGUGCAAUAGAGAAAGAUGAUCUCCAUUCUGAGGAUCAGGAUGUUGAACCAGUUUGGAGAGAAAUCAGCAACAGUAAGAAGUUGCCUAUGGGAAUGGUAUAUAAACUCCCAUGCAGAAAUCAUACUGUAGGAUGUGGUAUAUAGGUUGAAAUAAUGAGGGCUUGUGGAAAAGUUAAAGCAAUAAUAAUGAGUGAUUUUAAUUUACAUAUAUUUUGAAUAAAUUGGAUUGGCAAAGAUAGUUUAUGAAUUUGUAGAACUCUUUGGGGAAGUUUCUUAGAGCAGUAUGUUCUCAAACCAACCAAACAGCAGGUUAUUUGAGAUUUGGUAAUUUGCAAUGAGACAGGAUUAGUUAAUGAAUCCAUAGUGAAGGUAUUCAUAUGUAGCAGUGAUUAUUAUGAUUGAAUAUCACAUUCAUCUUGACGGAGCGAAGAUUGAAUCUCAAACUAGUGUUUUAAACUUAAUAAAGCUUUACUUAAAUAACAGCAAUAUGGGACAUUAGGCUACAGGACAGAUCAGUGGCAAUGUAGAUAAUUUUCAGCUGUCUUCACUGUAGAGGAUAUGAAUAAUAUUCCAAGAAAUAAUUGUAUAGCAAGAGGUGAAGAGAGGGAGAAACUUAAAACAAUUGAAGUCACUAGGGAAAGGGUACUGAGACAAUUAUUACAAUUAAACGCUGACAAGUCCUCAGGUUUCUAAUGAACUUCAUCCUAACAGAAGGGUGGCUGCUGAGGUAGUAGGUGCAUUUUAAUUUUCCAAAAUUCUGUAAAGGUUCCAUCAAAUUGCAAAAUAGUAAAUGUGACACUUCAUUCAGGGCAAGUGAGUUACAGAAAGCAGGAAACAACAGUCCAAGAUCUGUGGUUUGCUAAAGGUUUAACAAAUUUUUUCGACUUCUUUGAUGAUGUAACAAGCAAAUAAAAGCAAAGUUCUUUUUAAGUUCCAGAGUCAUAGAUACUUACAGCAUAGAAACAUGUUGUCUGGCCCCUAGAGUCUACGUCAAUCAAAAAUAACUAUUCUCAUUCAAUUUUCCAGCACUUGUCCCAUAGCCUUGUAAACCUUGGCAUCACAAGUGCACAUCUAAAUACUUCUUAAAUGUUAUGAGGGUUUCUGCCACUACUACCCUGACAGGCAGGAAGUUCUGAAUUCACACCACCUUCUGAGUGAAAAAACCUUUCCUGACACCUUCACUAAACUUUCUGCCCCUUACCGUAAAUCCAUACCACCAAGGGGAAACCGUUCUCCUGUUUACAUCCACCAUAAUUUUAUACAUCGCCAUCACGUCCCCUCUCAAUCUCCUUCACCCCAGUGCAGGUUCUGAUGAAGGGUCACUU